AUGCCGCUUUGGGGAACGGUAGCUACAUUAUGUGUCGCGUUAUUCUUCUGCCUUACUCGCAAUAGCCUGUUCUUCACCACCUUCCCCCAGCACCCUGCCCCCAAUCCAACAGUCAUCAACAGGCUUGCCGCGGAGCCCAGCCAUCGCCCACGUGUUCGUACGCGUCCAAGAGAUGCAGAAACCGCAGCGGCCGACGAUACAGCCACCUACUACUAUUUCACGAUAGACGACCAACUUCUUUAUCUCUCGUUCUUCGAGGACUGGGGGCCACUCAACAUUGCCAUGGUCUACAAAGCCUGCAUCCUUAUCCAUGAACUCCUCGAGGACAAGGACCUCGCGCCUCAUCGACUUGUGUUGUAUUCGUCAAAUGACCCAAAGCGCAAAGCAAACGCGGGUUUACUUCUUGCCUUGUUCGUCAUGAUCGUGCAGCGUCGUGCCCCUUGGGAAGCAUUUCACCCGAUAGCGGAAAUCGAAUUCAUGCCUUUUCGCGACGCCGGCCGUGGUCCGUCAGACUUUGACUUGGGUAUACAGGACUGUUUGUGGGGAGUUUGGAAGGCGAUGCAGCAUGGGCUUUGCGACAUGAAUGAAUUCAGCGUCGAAGACUAUGAAUACUACGAAAAAGUGGAGAAUGGUGACUGGAACUGGGUAACACCCCAUUUCAUUGCUUUCGCGUCUCCCGUCGACACUGCGUGGAUCAAGAGAGAGAAGGAGGCAAAGGAAAGUGGCAAGACAAACGGCGAGCUUGCGUCCUCCACCAACAGCAAACUGGCUCUCCAGCGAAAGCUGCCUACGCCUUUCCUAAACUGCCUAGAUUACUUCGACAAACGCGGCGUCAGGCUUGUCGUCCGUUUGAACACGGAAUUAUAUGACCGUGGCACAUUCCUCGAUCGCGGGAUUGACCAUAUGGAACUAUAUUUCGACGACGGAACAAAUCCAACAGACGAAAUUGUCCGAACGUUUUUAGAUGUCGCGGACCCGGUGAUUGAACGCGGAGGAGUUGUGGCAGUUCAUUGCAAAGCUGGUCUUGGUCGAACUGGAACUCUUAUCGGCGCUUAUCUCAUCUGGAAAUAUGGAUUUACUGCCAAUGAAGCAAUCGCUUUUAUGCGAAUCGUGCGACCGGGUUGCGUUGUUGGGCCUCAACAGCAGUACCUCUAUCUGAAGCAGAUGGAGUGGUGUAAAUGGGCAGCUGCAGACGAGAUGAAGAAGCAACAAGCGGCCACCACCAGUGUCUCGACUGCGCCUGUUGUCACCCCUGCUACUCCUCCAGCGGACGACGAUGAACCUCUUCGCAUGGAUGUUACCCCACCGGCAUCACCCAUACACCCCGCCCCCGUCACUCCCAGUCGACAUAUUGCUGCUGCCCAAGCUCAAGCAAAAGCCAUCGCGACACCGGGCCAGCCACGCAAGACUCCCACCACCAAGCGGACCCUGGAAUUCGAUUCCGACGAGGAAGACGAAUCCCAGGACGUAUUGCCAGCCUUGGAUUUGCGACCUGAGACGACCCGGGUCAAGACCAAGCCCCCGAAAACAAUCACCUCGUCAGAAUCGCGACCAUCACGUGUCACACGAUCGACAGCCGGAGCCGCCAACAUCCGCAAAGCCGGAACCGGUGACACACGAGCAUCGCCGGUUAAAGCUACCCAAGGCCCGAAUAAGAUACCGAGACUGGCGACAACUAAGACUACCGCGGCUGCAAAAGCUGCUGUAGCCGCCCUCGGGACCAAAACGACCUCACGCAGACUAAAUCCAACGCCAACUCCGUCAGGGAUUCCAUCCAGACUGCCAACAUUAGCUGGCAAACGAGCAGCACCCCAAACCUCCGCUUCAUUGGAAGACGUUGUUACUGCGACUAUCAACAAGGGAACUCCAGCUGCUGAGCGCUCAGAUACGUGGAUGAAAGCCCACGCUUCAGCGGUUGUUGUUCCCGCCUCCAAGUCCACUCGACCGGGACUGCGGCCCGUCCGCAAACGCAGAAGUAGUUUUAGCGCGGCAGACAUCAUUGCAUAA